AUGGCAGCUCCCCAGCUUUUAGUAGGCAAGGUCUGCGGUGUAACGGGCGGUUUGACUGGAAUUGGAAGAGCAAUAGCAUUAGACUACCUCCGCCACGGCGCCAAAGUCGCCGUCAACCAUCUCGGCGGACCAAAUGAUGAGCCGCUCGUGGAAGCCUUCCACAAAGAUGCACAGGCCGUGAUCAGCGAGCUCAACUGCAACUCAACAGACAAGCAGUUCAUCACCGUGGCAGGCGACAUCUCCAAACCCGAGAUUGGGGCGGAUUUCGUGGCCAAGAUUGUCGAGGCAUUUGGACGGUUAGAUGUGUUUGUUAGUAAUGCUGGUGUUUGCCAAUUUGCUGAAUUCCUAGAGAUUGAAUCCUCCCUCCUCUCUCAAACAGUAAAUAUUAACCUCUGCGGCGCAUUCUACGCCACUCAAGCCGCAGGCCGCCAAAUGGCCCUCCACCAAACACCCGCCGGCGGCUCAAUAAUCGCCAUAAGUUCCAUCUCGGCCCUAGUUGGCGGCGGGCAACAAUGCCACUACUGUCCCACCAAAGCCGGAGUCUUGUCACUUAUGCAAUCCACCGCAGUUGCGUUGGGCAAGUAUAAUAUUAGGUGUAAUGCGUUGUUGCCCGGCACGAUUAGGACGCAGUUGAAUGAUGCGGAUAUGGCUGAUGAGAAGAAGAGGACGUACAUGGAAGGGAGGAUACCGUUGGGCAGAUUGGGGCAGCCGAAGGAUCUGGCGGGGCCGGCAGUGUUUUUAGCGGCGGAGGAGUUGAGUGGUUAUGUUACCGGUGCACAAAUAUUGGUUGAUGGAGGCUUGUUCGUGAAUUUGCAGUAG